AUGAGAAGAAUUGACGUGGGAGCGAAGAAAUUGAUGGAUUUCGGCGGUGAGUGGUGGCGACACUGAGGAGAAGGACAUCCUAGAAUGCAAACGUGUUUGUGAUCGUUAUUUCGUCGCAGGGAAGGCUGCAGCUGUAUGAGACAAGCACAACAUCCACUGGGUACCGACUUUAAAUCUCGGUAAAAGAGACUAUAAGGGAAACGAACGGAAAGAACAAAACCAGAAGGCUGCAGAAGAAAGGGCCGAAAGAGCAAGGGAACGCAGGAAACGCUCUAUUGAACGACAGGAAGUCGAAGUUGCCGAGAAAAGGAAACAUCUAAAUGUGAGUGGCGAUAGAGUUGUUGAUAUCCACUUCACGGAGACUAGCACAAGCACCUCGACAGAAGAAGUCGAGGAAGAUCCUGGCAUUGGGAUUCACUGGCAUUCCUCUGACAAGUUCCUGACUGAGAAUUGUGGAUUUCUUGACAAACUUUUACCAGGAGACAUGGUUAUGGAGGACAGAGGCUUCACAGUCAGUGAAAGUGUGGGAUUAAAACAAGCUAAACUUGUCAUUCCAGCGUUUACCAAGGGUAUGUCACAGCUGGAUCCAGUUGAUGUAGAGAAGACCUGA